AUGUGAGGUCUUAAAAGUGUUUGUACGAGUUUUCAAGGUGGCUCAGCAUAGGACGAUCAAGACGGAGUAAUGGUGCUCCAUUUCAGCAAGUGUCGCUCGGUGCUGAUCACUGGGGCUAGCCGAGGUUUAGGCUUGCAGAUGGUAAAACAGUUGGUUGAAACAACAGAAAGGCCCGAGAAGAUCAUAGCAACUGCCCGCAAUCCUUCGGCUGCACAGGAGCUCCUAGAACUUUCCAAGUCCCAUGCAGGGAUUCAUGUCGUACCACUCGAUGUAGUGAGUGAAGCCAGCAUAGAUGCAGCAUCACAAGAGGUGGCAUCCAUCGUGGGUGCAGAUGGGCUGAACUGCCUCAUAAACAAUGCAGCCAUCAACAUCUCGUCUGACCUCAAGACAGUGACUCGUGAUACCAUGAUGAAAACCUUUGAGAGUAAUACAGUAGCUCCUCUCUUUGUCACAAAGGUGUUUCUGCCAUUGCUACAGACAGCAGCAGCUAAAGGCACCGGGAUGGGUGUUCACAGGGCAGCUAUCAUUAACAUCUCUUCCAUUCUGGGCUCUGUUCAACUCAAUUGGGGAGAGGGAGCAACUUUCAAAAGCUACGCUUACAGGACAUCCAAGUCUGCCUUGAACAUGGUGACUAGGUGCCUGGCCACUGAUCUGGAAUCAGAGGGAAUCCUCUGCAUGGCUUUGCACCCAGGUUGGGUACGCACUGACAUGGGUGGGGCCAUUGCGCCCUUGAGUCCAGAGGAGAGCAUAUCAUCGGUGCUGUCUGUGAUUUCUGCGCUGACAGAAAAACAUCACGGAGAGUUUUUGGACUAUUCAGGGAACAAAUUACCCUGGUGAUACAUUCAUUUAUUCGGGUGUGUAUGUGUGUGUGAAAGAGAGAGAGAAAAGGAAACGGAGAAAUACUGUGUGUGUGUGUGUGUGUGUUAGAGAGCCCAGAAGAUUGUGUGACUGGAAUAGAUUAAACUGGUUGCAAUAAUAAAUAUUCAUGCAGCCACUCUUUUGCAACCUUCCUGAUUUUAUAUUUUUGCGCCAGAGAAAUUGUAAAAUCUAAGAGCAUGGAAAGAGGAUGAAUGUGUAUUCAAAUCAUUUUGUAAACCUGUAUAAUGGCUUUAUGUAUUUGCUACUGACUUCUAAAAUAAACUUUGAUUGCUGCCACUGA